CGUUAAGCCUUUUGGGCUGUGGGCUUUUUGUCGAUAUUUAUUGGGGUUAGACUUUCAUGAUUGAGAUAUUUUUCAUGCAUGUUUGUAAAGAGUUUUACAAGUGAAGGACAGCAGUGAAAUAUCAUUCAUCAAAAUGUACAAGCGAUUAUUGGGAUAUUGAAGUCAUUUUACAACCGACUCUUGCCCAUUGGCCUUCCUGUCCCACUUUCUGCGUUAGCUAAUCCACCAGAAUGAAUUGGGCCUUUCUGAGGGGGUGGAGGAACACCACCGCCUUCCCUUCGUCUAUCUUUCUCCUUCUCAUGACGGCCGGCAUCCUCACUGUCGCUGGACGAAGGAGCAGACGAUUCACCUUUGCUGUUUUUGAGAUGGGCGAUUGGCUGUGCUUGGGAAGAUGAGUUGGGCAAGUCGCGAUGGGGAGAUCGAGCAUCUUCGGGAAGGGUGUGCAUUGGUUUUGGUGGGUUUGAGGGAGGAUUCAGCUUGCGGCCAUCAUUUGCAGCCGUUACAAAUGUGGAAGGCGGCUUUGGCUCGGAUGAGAGUUUGCGACGAGAUGCUUCAUCUGGAAUGGCUCUGUAGGGUGCAGCAAUGUCCGCUCAUUAAAAUCCUUUUCUUCCAGAUGAUAAUCUGUUGUCAAACUCAUACCUUUGAAGAACCUCGACUUCUGCUGAAGGGACAUCAGAACAGGUGCUCGUUUGUCCUUUUUAUAUCAGCGACAAAGUGAUGAUCGACGGGGGGAUUAUGUCACAGCCGCGUUGGAUCAUGGUGACGCUGGUGGGGGCGCUCGCGUCCAAAAGAUGGAUACCGCUAAUCUAUCUUUCUGUUGCGGAAACCAACGGAAUUGCAUCAAAAGGCAGCAAAUGUAUGCAGUGACCAGCAUCAGAUUCACCUCAACUUAACUGAUUAAAUAGUUACUGGGUUUGCAUCUCUCCGAAUGAUCGUCAUCUGGUGCAGCGAGUAGCAAUUGAAAGUCACGCAC